UUGCUCGGUUUACUCGGAUGUAGUACAACUUCCGGUAGUGAACGGACUGUUGUUAACCAAUCAGUGAGCACUGAACAUGAGACGAGGAAAUGCAAUGGCGGACUCAAUGAAGUUGGAUGAGAAAAACGGUGUGGGCAAUAAACAAAGGGAACAUGUUUUCAACCCAUCGUCUAGCAUGGAAAUAUCAAGCUACAGGGACAAUAUUUACUUUCUUUUGAAUCUUCUCACGGACUUCGGGAGUAAGCUGAAAUUGGGUGAAGCUGCUCUGAGAAUCAGCGCCAGCAUAGAUGCAGUGGACAUGACGUCUAUUCAACCUGCUCAUCACAUGUUCACUUGUCUUCAGGAGCACAUCUCCAAAUUACAGUCGUUAUCUGACAACCUGAGGGCAAUGGUGACUGAAGAGGAUCAGUCCUCCGCAUCAAAGAGUUACCUGUCAGAGGGCAAAAAGCAUCAAACUGUGACCGCAGCUCCUUCUGAUGAGAUGACCUUAGACACUGAGGCUGUUCCUCCUGCAGCUCCCCCGACCCAGCCGGGGGUAGAGGAGGGCGAGUCGCAGGUUUAUGACAUCAUGUCGCACACAGAUGACCACAGUGUUCAGAUCAGAGCCAACAAAUCCGAGAUUGAUAGGAGGAUAUCUGCAUUUAUAGAGCGCAAACAGCUGGAGAUCAAUGAAAACAAUGUGAGGGAGUUCUGCAACGUGAUCGACUGCAAUCAAGAAGACAGCUGUGCCAGAACAGAUGCAGUAUUCACACCCUAUCCAGGCUUCAAAAGUCAUGUCAAAGUGACUCGCGUGGUCAACACCUACGGGCCACAGACGCGGGGAGGGGCAGGAGGUACGAUGGGGGAGCAGCAGCGGCCCAUGGUGUCUAGAGACUGUGGGAAUCCAGCCAUAGAAGAACGCCUGCAUAACAUAGAGACGCACCUUAAACUCCCAACAGAGGGUCCUGUUCCUUUAAGUGUGUACCAUCGGUUAAAGAAGUUGGAAGAUCGUAUUUUGGAGUUAGAGGGUCUUUCACCAGAGUACUUCCAGUCUAGUUACCUGCACAAGCGACCAAAGACCUCAAUGUCUCAGGCCUGCACUCUGUCGGAGCUUGAAGGAAAGAUCAGUGCGGUCAAAGCAGCCCUGUUGAAGAGGAUGGGGGAGUUUGGGCCGGUAGCAUACGACACUGAGUGUCCUCUCUGACCCUCAUUCUUUCGCCUAUGACAGGCGUAUACACGCCCACACACACCAUGUGCAAAAAUAUUCACCACUUUACCAUAGAUGUAGAUAUCCUCCCACACACUUUUGAAUGCUGUUUCAUUUCUGUUAUGUCUGACUUAAAUUAACCCAAAAAUGAUUUGCCAUGUUAUACGUUUGCGCUAGAAUACCCAAAGUUUUUCAACCCUCUGUUGAAACUGCAGGAAUAUUCAACAUUGUGUAGAUCUCUAUAUUUGAUGACUUGUAUAUUGAAUGUGUAAGAAUCUGAAUGUGUAAGAAUCUGGAUGUGUGUAUUUAGUCCAUACACAUGAAUACUAUUUUUCUGGAAACAGACUGUCACAGCGGACAAACAGUGAUGUGGUUACC